AUGACAACGGGUGCGAAGGCAGAGACCUCGCACCUCAAAGAGCAUGUCAAACCUACGGGGGCGCAAGCACGCACAUGCGAACCCGUGCGUCGAGGGAAUGUGUCUCUGAGAACCACUGCCCACGGCGAGGGGGCCAGUAGAGAAGAGCGGACUCGCGAGAGAAUCAGAUACCCAGUGGCACUGAUGUCGAGAAUGUGGAUGCAUGCGAUGGACUUCAGAUACCUGCGCGGAGGGAAUGCUCUGCCGCAGAUGGGGACAUAG